AUGGAAGCCAACCCUCCUACCACUCCCCCCGGACCGUCGAAGAGAAAAUCCCCCUCUUCUCACGAAACCAGUCUCCCUCAAGCUCGCAACCAAAAGCGUCAGAGGAUAGUGGAGCGCGAGGAGCCCUCACAUAAGCUGAGCGACCCUUCUCCACAUCAGCACACCACGUCGCCAAAGAAAAUCCUCGAGUCAGAGCACGAAGACGAGGAGUCGGAAGGUGAAUCAAUAGUGUCAGACCCGACGGACAACGAGUUCGAAGGUGCAACUGGCAAUCAACCUCACAUUGCCGACGAUCUCGACCGCGCUAUUCACAGAAACACUCGAAGACCAAUUUUGGUUCCAGUCGAGCCCGAGCUGUCGACAAGCGACAUCGACGACCUGCUCUCCAAUUCAGAGUUUGACUUGGACAGUGGAGAGGAAGAAUCCAACUCCACCACCAAAGGAUCACCUUCGCGCAGAAUAGCCGGUAGAAACGAGGAAGGAUAUUACGUGGCCAUGUCUGGCCUUGAAUAUUACAACUCCCUUCCCGAGCCCGACCUCCGCCGCGAGGCUAUUCGUUGGAUGGAGGAGAACUCGCGUGCUGACCCGAAAGGGACUGUUGUGUAUCCUCCUCCGUGGUACAUUGCCACCCGCUUUGAUCCACCUCGUCCCAGAUUGUGGAUCAAGGACUUCUUCUCGGGUAGAGUUCGCCCGCGUCAGCUGGUUAAUGACCGGCUGGCCGAGAUGACCGUCGCCCAGAGGGAGGAGUGGGCAAGGGAGCAUGGGAUGGGAGGAUAUGACGAUGAUGACACCGAGUAG